AUGUCGGCAGAUUGCAUGGCCUGGUUCUAUCGGUUGGCUGUGAUCGGGUCGUUGCCCGUUUUGGAGGCCAAGAAUCAUUGGGAAUGGUUGUUCUGGCGCGUUUUGGUACCAGCAUCUUUCGUUCUGGCAAGGACUGCUCCGCACGUUGGCCCGGGACAACGGCCGGUCCUAGUUCAGGCCAAGUCCAAUAGCUACUUCAACGCCCUCGAAUCUCGCUCCUUCCGUGCAGACAUCAGCAAUAUUCUGCGGAAUCUCUGCGACGGCUUCGCUGUGGAUGGUGGUGGCGGCUUUGCGUCCUCCAAAUCACACUGGAACAACGCAAGACUCAGUGCUAAUUCGAAAGACAAGGAACAAGGCUCCAGAGAUAUCCAGGCGGUUAUGGUAUCUGAGUCCUGA